AUGCCCGUGGCCAAAUCCCCCCUCUCGGCCGCCUUCCGUGUCGGCGGCGUGCCCGUGCUCGGCUUCCUGAUCCACACGCACGACGGGUUCCGCUUCGGCGAGGCUGAGCUGAUCUAUGGCCCGCCCUCCACGUGCAAGCAGCUGGGCGUGCGCCGGCCGCUCAAGGACUGCGUCGUCGCCGCCUACGACUGCCUCUUUGGCGACGUGCAGCCGGCGCUCACCUCUCUCGAGGUCUGUCUCGCUGAGCCGCUGCCCGAGGAUCUGCUCGAGGGCAAGCGGGAAGGCGGCCGCAAGGCCUUCACGGUGUUCCACACGCGCGGCGAGAGGCACGUCGUGACAUUCUCGCCCAAGCUGGGCACGCGCGAGGUGGUGUGCCUGGGAGAGGCAUCGUGGCGCAUGCAGCCGAUCUCGCGCGUGCACUGGUACUCGAUCGGCCAGCUCCGGCCCUGGUUUGCCGCGCCGCUCCCAGCCACCGAGUGCGAGCGGCGCAUCGCCGCGUACUUUGAGACAAGUGAGCACCGCGAGUUCCGCACCGCAAACAAGACCGACGCCACGCUCUGGCAGGAGGCCGACGGCUCCGCGAAGCUUCUCGGAAGCACGGACAAGCGGCCCAAGGCGGCGUGGCGGAUCUGGGGGCUGCGAGGCUACUGGCUGCUCCCGGACGGCGGCGCGCGCGAUCGCGACGGCAGCCUCGUGCCCGAGGCCAGCCUGGCGCAGAUCGCAAAGGAGGAGCUGCUGCCGUGGCCCGGCGCCGCCCUCGACUGGCGGCCCUCGGAGGCGGACGCGGAGUGCUUGUUCCGCCCCCUCGACCAGGACACGACGUCGGCGCUCGUGCGGCUGCAGCGGGCUCUCCGCACCUCGCCUCACCUCUUUAGCAAAGUGCUCGCGAGCAAAGUGGACCUCCGCCUCGGGCGCGUGGUGUGGCUCCUCACGAGGGCGGGCCCCCGGCUGGCGCUGAUCCUCGGCCACGCGCCGUGGAGCGGCGGCUCGGAGAAGAGCGGGCUGCUGCUGAAGGCGCUCCCGACGACGUCCGAUUGGUCCGGCGGCGCGCUGCCGGUGCUCCCAGAGGCGGCGCAGCUGAGCGCGGACAUCAUCGCGCCCGCCGCUCACGUGCAGCCGUUUCCUGCGCUGCUGAACCUGGAGUGCUGCCGGCCGAGCCGCCGCAAGAGGCGGCGGCCGCCAGAGGAGAUUGACGCCGCGCCAGAGGGGAAGCGGUUCCCCGGCGCCCCUCUCCCGGAUGCCCCGCGGCAGGCGGGGCUCGAGGGGGAGGACGCGAAGCAGCUGCUCGCGGAGCGCGACCUCGCAUUCGUGGCGCCGCGAGGCGGAGAGGCGCCGCCCUCGGCCGUCACGGAGCCCUACGAGCCCGGGCGGGGGGCGGUGGUCGGAGAGGACGUGAGCGGGGAGCCUCCGGGCUCGGCGGAGGGGGAGGGCGCGCUGGGCAAGCGCAAGGCGGUGGCGAGCAGUUCGGGCGCGGCCGCAAAGGGCCCAUGGCGAGAGGAGGAGGAGCCUGUGCGGCUGCUGCGGCCGAGCGAGGUGCCCGAGCGGCGCGGCGAGGUGCUGGAGGCGCUGCGGCGCGUGCUGCGGCUCGUGAAGCAGGACCCGGAGGAGUUCUGGGGCAAGCAGCGGCCAGGCGAGCCCUUUCCCUUCCCGGAGCUGCUGCCGGCUAUGAGGGCCGAGCAGGUAGCGCUUAAGGCGGGAGCGUCGUCCUCAAUGGUGAGGUAG